AUGGACACAACGUCCCCUUCGGAAGAACGAGCCGAAACCACGGUCGAAACGUCACCACAAAGGGACAAACCGACUUCGAUACACUCCGGCCCACGUCUAACGGUAGACGAGUCUCGAACGAACGAGUCGGCAGACGAGCCGGUCAACAUACCGACCAAGCGGAGUAUAACUAAGCCCAAACCACCUCAGGACUCGUCGCGGGAACUCCAUGACGAUCCCGCCUUUCAACACGUAAAAGACUUGACGAGAUCGGAACAGGACGAUUGCAUUGACAUGGCGUAUCCGGAAGAUAGGGAACUUUGGCACUCGUUGAGACUCCGACGUGCCAGUAUAGUCGGAAAUACCACGAAAGCUCGGCGCGACCCCGACCGACUUACCGAGAAGAUGGCCGACGUCAUGAAACGUAUGGGAGAACAUUACCGGGCGGAGAAAAGUCGACCUAAAGCCUUACAAUUGGCUACGCCGACUCGACACAAAGUCACCGCUCCGGAUCCCAAGUCGACCAAGAAGACGGUACAGCAGCCCGUCGUUAAGAUGAAAGUUCCCUCACCGACUGAACAACCUUCCGUGCAGAUCGAAGAAGACCUCGAUUUACGAGUCAUUAACUCGGCUAAUUCCACGAAGUCCCAUAAGGAUAAACGGAAGGCUAAGAAGGAAGCGGCAAAACCGCCCGCUAAACCGCAACCGACGGAAACACAGAAGAAACCAGUGAAGUCGGAAGCCAAGGAGUCGACUAAACCGAAGUCGGACUCUACGGUGAAGACGCCGAAGCCCAACCCGGCCAAGCGGCAUAAGUCAUCCGACGACUUGGACAUCUCAGACGCCGGCUCACAAAAAGCUGAGCAGAAGGAAAAGGCUCGAGAACCACACGACAAGGAAGCGGUGGAGCGUAAAUUUAAGGAAGUUAUGGAGCGGGCCGGCACAAAGCCGACCAAAACUCCAGCUAGUCGACCACAGAAGUCGUCCAAGCCGCCGACGGUCGACUGA